AUGGCUGCGGAUCCCUUUGACUCGGCGCUCGAUCUCCUCCGCCGCCUGAAUCCGAAACACACGAGCGAGCACCUCAACGCAAUCAUCUCCCUGGCCCCUGAUCUGACCGAAGACCUGCUCUCGUCUGUCGACCAGCCCCUCACCGUCAAGCGGUGCAGGCAGACCGGUCGAGACUAUCUCCUCUGCGAUUACAACCGCGACGGCGACAGCUACCGCUCGCCAUGGAGCAACCAGUUUGACCCGCCGCUGGACGAGGGCGGCGUGGGCGGUGUCGGCCCCGGCGGCAGCGAGGGCGCGGGCGAGGGCGCCAUCCCCAACGAGAGAGUCCGCAAGAUGGAGAUCAAGGCCAACGAGGCCUUUGACAUUUACAGGGAGCUGUACUACGAGGGCGGCGUCAGCAGCGUCUACCUGUGGAACCUGGACGACGGAUUCGCCGGCGUCGUGUUGGUCAAGAAAUGUGCGUUGGCUUGCUUCCCUCUCCUUUCUUUCGUCGUCUUGGCCUUUACUACUUACACAGUCAACCCGGUUCCGAGUCUCAUGGAUAUCAAUAUGCUAACAAACCCAAUUUCCUUCCUUCUAGCUGCCACCCCCGGAACCGGCACCGAGGGCGUCUGGGACUCGAUCCACGUCUUCGAGGCCAUUGAGCGCGGCCGAACAACGCACUACAAGCUCACAUCCACCGUCAUCCUCUCGCUGUCCACCAACGUCGAGGCCACCGUCGGCGACAUGGACCUCAGCGGCAACAUGACGCGCCAGGUCGAGCAGGACCUGCCCGUGGAGAACGACGACAGCCACAUCGCAAACGUCGGCCGCCUGGUGGAGGACAUGGAGCUCAAGAUGCGUAAUCUGCUGCAGGACGUCUACUUUGGCAAGGCCAAGGACGUUGUUGGCGACUUGCGGAGCGUGGGCAGCCUGAGUGAUGGCGCCAAGGAGCGGGAGACGCAACGGGAGCUCAUUGGCAGCAUGAAGCGAUGA